CCACCUUAUAGCUGAACUUCGGAUGGCAUCUGACGAGUCAAUCCAAUUCUGCAUCGAGUGUAACAACCUCCUCUACCCACGCGCAGACAAGGACCGUCAUGUGCUCCUCUACGCCUGCAGGAACUGCGACUUCGAGUACCAAGCCACAGAUCCAUGUGUGUACAAAAACGAUCUGUUCACAGUGACGAAGGAGCAGUCCGGUGUGACAGAAGAUGUGAAUAAGGAUAUCACCCUCCCUAGGGAUGCGGAUGUCCUUUGCCCGAGUUGUCAUUCCGAAGGAGCAGUGACUUACCAAGACCAAGGCAAACGAAAAGAGACGCGGAUGACACUGUUCUUCAUUUGCCUAAAAUGCGGGCACGCGUUCGUCGACCCGAACGUACCGCAAUGAUCGCUCUGCUUUCCUCUGUUGAGGGCACUACGGUGCUUUGUGUUUGUCGUUUCAUUCACUGUACACUACCCACAUCUAGAUUUAAGGAUUUUUAAAAACGUUAUAGCCGGCUCUUGCUAUCGUCUAGCUCUCCCGGCUCGGGACGCCAAGGUUCCGCCCACCCACCACGCACACUCCCAUCCUCGACGCUCCUCCACCACCGCGAGAUCGUCUCGUUUACUUCCUCAUAAUGCCCUUUAUGAUUAUGGUCACUCUCCUCAAUAAAGUACAUCGUGCUCGUCCCCUUCCCUCCCUCCUCCCUGCGUCUCUCAAACACCCGCGCAUAGAUAGCCCCAUCAUAAGGCGGCACCACGGCAUCCUUCAUCCCAUGCACAGUAAGCACAUGCACGUCCCCCGGGAAUUUGCGUGCAACAGAGGCAGCGUCGUAUGCUGCGAAACGGUCGAUGUCGCCGACGUGCACUCGGGCGACUCGGGGACGGCCGGCGACGUUGUGAUGCCAGUCGUAGUACCCUUGGGAGGAUAGGAGUGGAAUCAUAUGCUUGGAGAUGUCGCGAAUCUUGUCCAUCCUGUACCGACCACUGACGUUAGCGAACCCGGUUACAGAAUGCGCGUUCUCCUCAUCCUCAACAACCCAUUUCAUGCCUACAAUACUGCCCCUCGAGUGCCCCACAACAAGCACGACUCUCCAUCCCUUCUCCUUUAGCCACCGCACAACAACCUUAAGAUCCUCAACGUCCUUCCCGAACCCUGCGUAGUCCCAUGGUGGCCCCGUGGAGGCGUUGUUUGACCGGAAAUCGAAGGCGAAGCUGUCGAUCGAGAUGUGCGAAGGGAGGGUGCGUUGGUAAAGGUAAUGUCUAUGUCCUAGGGCACCAUGCAGGAUGAGUGCGAUUGGACGGCCUGGAUCGGGGGAAGUGUGCGGUGGUAGACGGGUGUGGAGAGUGCCCUCGAUGUACCACUCGG